AAAUAAAAGCCAAAACUUUGAACUUGCUCCAUUUCGGACGGAAAGGAAUCUUCUUCGAUCAAUCAAUGGAGUUCCCUCCUCCGCCGCCGGAGAGAUCCAAACUUCUCCAUAACUUCACCUUACCUUACCUCCGAUGGGGCCACCAGAGAUCCCUCAGGUGCGUCAACCUACCCUCUUCUUCUUCUUCCCCUCCUUCUCCCGAUCAUGGAGAGAGGAGGAGGAAUCUAAGCAUCGAUCUCGUCUGCGAUGGGAAACCACCAAAGGUCUCAGCUUUGGGAAACGGAGGAGGCGAAGAAGCAGAAGCUCGGCCGUGGAAUCUGAGGACGAGGAGAGCUGCUUGUAACGAACCCACGAGGAUCACACGUGAUGAUGGAGACUCGGAGAAGAAGGAGAAAGUGAAGUUCUCUGUUUCUUUGUCGAGAGGAGAGAUCGAAGAGGACUUCACAUCCCUCUUUGGGAAAAAACCUCCUCGUAGGCCAAAGAAGAGACCAAGACUUGUUCAGAAUCAAAUCAAUACUCUUUUUCCAGGAUUGUGGCUAGCAGAACAAGUAACAGAAGGCUCUUACGAGUCUGUGGAAACAUGAUGAAAAGAAGACACUACUUAUUCAACCCUUGAAAUCUCAUUUUUAGAUUUUAUGUGUUAUAUUUUUUGCUAAGCUCAUUGUCUUCUUGCAGUAGUGCCACACCACAUCCAUUAUUUUAAUAGAAGUUUUCAACCUCUAAUCCAUUGGGACUUAAGAGCUUUAGUCUCAAAUGUUUUAUGAUCUCCUAAACCUUUUUCAUUCAUCAUCUUUCCUCCAAACAAGGCAAAACGGAACAUCAUGAUCUGUGCUGAGUCAAAUCACCAGCGGAUAUCCUUCGCUAGCGAUCUAGGCCAAUCAGACAAAGCACCUCCUGUAGAUAAACAACCAUCAGGAGGCCUGGUCCGAAGAGACACAACACUUUUAGAUUCAUCAAGUCCAGAUUUCGAGUUCCACAUUUCAAGAAACGUUGACGCCUCACCAGCUGAUGAGAUCUUCGCCGACGGGAUGAUCCUUCCUUUCCAAGUAACUACUGCAUCCUCCAUGCCAAAGCGUCUCUACAAGUACGAGCUCCCUCCUAUCGUCUCCGCUCCUUCCUCAUCUACUCCUCCUAAGCCAUUGCCAUUGCCAUUACCACAACAACACUACAGCGAGAAGGGAACUCCAGGAAGCAGCGCAAACUCGGACUCGGAGGCAGAGAAAACAUCAAAGUCGUUUUGGAGCUUCAAGAGAAGCUCGAGCCUUAACUGCGACAUAAAGAAGAGUCUGAUCUGCUCUUUUCCUCGUUUGACAAGAAGCAACUCAACAGGAUCAGUAAUAAAUUCUAAGAGGGAAAUGCUUAGGGACAUUAACAAGCAUAGCUCUCAGAGACAUGAAGCCCCACGUCCAGUGGCAGAUCCAUCAUCUCAUUUGUCUUCUUCUUGUUCUUCUCCUUCCUCUGUCUGCUGCAGCUCGUAUCAGUUCAAACCACAAAAGCAAGCUGGAAAAAAUGGGGGCAGAGGAGGAAGCUUUGGGUUAGGAUCGAUCUUACGAGUAUUGAAAGAUAAGAAGACAAAGAACAAGUAAACAAAAGAGUUUUCUUUUUCUUCUUCCUUUAAACUCAUGCAAAUGUUGAUUGAUUUAGUGUUACUCGAUUUUACUAUGGAUAGAUUUGUGUAACUUUGUAUGAUCAUUAGAUCCAAAUUGAGUGCACAUCAACUUGUUAAUUCAUCAUACAGAUCAUAUGGUUGCAACCGUUA